AUGAACUCAGCGUGGACAAAGAGCGUCCACGAGGCGCUCACCUUACUCCAAGUAGACCCCUCCAAGGGUCUCUCGGAAUCCGAGGUAGAACAGCGUCGUGCAAAGUACGGUUCCAACACCUUGCCCGAACAGCCACCGACCCCGCUAUGGCAGCUCAUCCUAGACCAGUUCAAAGAUCAGCUGGUACUCAUCCUCCUCGCAUCCGCUGUCAUCUCGUUCGUCCUCGCCUUGCUCGAGGAAGACACCACGCUCGGCGCCGCUCUCAUCGAACCUGGUGUCAUCUUCCUCAUCCUCAUCGCCAAUGCCACCGUCGGUGUGGUGCAGGAGCGUAACGCCGACAAGGCCAUCGACGCGCUCAAGGAGUACAGUCCCGACACUGCCAACGUCAUCCGCGAAGGCACCACCGAAAAGGUCCGCUCUGAAGAUCUGGUCCCCGGUGACAUCCUCAUUCUGACCGUCGGUGACAAGAUCCCCGCCGACUGCCGUCUCAUCGCCAUCAACUCCUCCUCUUUCCGUGUAGAUCAGGCUAUCCUCACCGGCGAAUCCAUCUCCGUCAACAAGUCGCUCGAUCCCGUGUCGGAUAUCAACGCAGUCAAGCAGGAUCAGAUCAACAUUCUCUUUUCCGGAACCACCGUCGCCAACGGCACCGCGCUCGCUGUCGUCGCUCAGAUCGGCACUCGCACCGCCAUCGGCGACAUCCACGCCGAGAUCUCCAAGGAUGAUGACGACAAGACUCCGCUCAAACAGAAGCUCGACGACUUUGGCGAGCUCCUCGCAAAGGUCAUCACCGUCAUCUGUAUCUUGGUUUGGAUCGUCAACUUCCGUCACUUCAACGAUCCUUCCCACCACGGUUGGGUUCGAGGUGCGAUGUACUAUUUCAAGAUCGCCGUCGCCCUUGCCGUAGCUGCUAUCCCGGAAGGUCUGGCUGCUGUCAUCACCGCCUGCCUGGCGCUGGGAACGAAAAAGAUGGCAAAGAAAAACGCCAUCGUCCGUCACCUGCCUUCCGUCGAAACGCUCGGCUCGACCAACGUCAUUUGCUCCGACAAGACCGGUACGCUCACCACCAAUCAGAUGAGCGUCACACACUUCUCCGUCCUGGACAAUGCUGGUGCCAUCGCCGACUACUCGGUCUCGGGAAGCACGUUUGCCCCAAUUGGCCAGAUUACUGAUCCCCUUGGCAAAAAAGUGACAAAGCUCAACGAGCCACGCACCGCUUUCCACGCACUUGCCGAGGCUUGUUCCGUCUGCAACGACUCGCACGUUCAUCUGGAUGACCACAACAACUACACCAUCGUCGGCCAACCCACGGAAGCUGCGCUCAAGGUGCUUGUCGAGAAACUUGGUCACCACGAUCCCGCCGUCAAUGCCACGCUCGCCAAGCUGGAUGCUGCUGAACGAGCCAGCGCCGUCAGCAACGAGUACGGCAAAGCAAACCCGAGGCUUUUGACCUUCGAGUUCAGCCGCGAUCGGAAAAGCAUGUCUACCUUGAUCAAGCGCUCCUCUGCCACCGGAUGUCUGCUCGUCAAGGGAGCACCUGAAACUGUCGUCGAGCGAUGCGACACCGUCAUGAUGGGCAAAAAGUCUGCCCCUCUGGACUCGGCUUUGCGCGCACAGAUCGGAGAAAAGGUGCUCGAAUACGGUCGACUGGGCCUUCGCACGCUCGCCAUUGCUGUCAAGGAGGAUGUGCCUCUCGACGUCGAGUCGUACCGCAGCAGCAGUCCGGCCGAGUAUGUGCAGUUCGAACAGCGCAUGACGCUGGUCGGAUUGGUAGGCAUGCUGGAUCCACCUCGACCCGAAGUUCGUCACGCCAUCGAACGAUGUAGACAAGCUGGCAUCCGAGUUAUUGUCAUCACAGGUGAUAACAAGAACACCGCCGAAACCAUCUGUCGUCAGAUCGGCGUCUUCGGGGACGCGGAGGACCUUGAAGGCAAGUCGUUCACCGGUCGCGAGUUUGAUGCGCUGACAACUCGACAACAGAAGCUCGAUGCGGUUUCCGCUGCGUCGCUGUUCUCGCGUGUGGAACCCUCGCACAAGUCUCAGCUGGUGGAUCUGUUGCAGUCGCAGGGAUUGGUGGUGGCCAUGACAGGCGAUGGUGUCAACGACGCACCUGCGCUCAAGAAGGCCGACAUCGGAAUCGCUAUGGGAUCCGGAACCGACGUUGCCAAGUUGGCAGCCGACAUGGUCCUUGCCGACGACAACUUUGCCACCAUCGAAGCAGCGGUGCAGGAAGGAAGGUCGAUCUUCAACAACAUGCAGUCGUUCAUCCGAUACCUGAUCUCGAGCAACAUCGGUGAGGUGGUUUCGAUCUUCCUGACGGUGCUGUUGGGAUUGCCGGAGGCGUUGAUCCCGGUGCAGCUGUUGUGGGUGAACCUUGUGACGGAUGGAUUGCCUGCUACGGCGCUCGGGUUCAACCCGCCGAGCACGACGAUUAUGCGCGAGAAGCCGCGUUCGAGGAACGAUCCGCUGAUCUCGGGCUGGAUCUUUACAAGGUACCUGUUGGUGGGUGCGUUUGUCGGUGCAGCCACGAUCUUCGGUUAUGCAUGGUGGUUCCUGUUCGCAUCGACUGGACCGCAGAUCAGCUACUCGCAACUCUCGCACUUCCACCAAUGCUCGCUCCCCGCAUCCCAAGCCGUCGGUGGUCUCUUCCACGGCGUCGACUGUUCGAUCUUCAGCACGUACCGACAGCCCUCGACCAUCGCGCUCUCCGUCCUGGUGGUGGUGGAGAUGUUCAACGCCCUCAACGCCAUCUCGGAGACCGACUCGUUGUUGACGUUCGGACCUUGGAAGAACCCGCUGCUGAUCGGCGCGAUCGCGUUGUCGUUGGCGCUGCACUAUGCGAUCUGCACCAUUCCGUUCCUGCAGGACUGGUUCCAGGUCACGCGGUUGACCGCGGAGGAGGUCAAGGCGGUGGUGUGGAUCAGUGCGCCCGUGGUGCUGAUCGAGGAGGUGUGCAAGUUGGUCACCAGGACCAUGUUCUUGAACAAGGCGAGGGUUGAGGUUGGUGCUGAGAAGAAGGAUCUUUGA